CGGGUGGGGGUGAGCAGGUUUCUUCAGCUUGUGACAGGAGGAGCAGCAAAAGCGGCAUGGACGAUGUCAGCCACUCAAAGUCACUGUGCGGUUGAAUGAUAGAAUCACUUUAGUUCGUGUACAUAUAAGGCGACAACUUAUCUUAUGGCUAUAGAAGUGCAUUUGCUGUUGUAAAAUUUAACGUAAGCAGUUGGUUAGCAGCGAGCUAACAGCUAGCUAGCUUUAUCUAAACCAAUGUUCGGCUAACUUUUGAUGCAGAAAAGUGUCUUCGGGGGAAACGAUUUCGGGAUUGAAAAGUACAACCGGAGGAAAUUUGCCCAAAACAUUGGAAAUUGUGCUGGUGUUAAAUUAGGAACUGUCAGAUGCUUAGAGGGUUGUGAGCAGGCUUGUCGUCAAGGUGAAGGAGCCACAAGCUAAAUUAAUGAUCUACUUCGAGCAACUGAUGAACACAACAUCGACUCCCAGAGCUACUGCCCCCUAGUGGUGUAAUUCAUGAGUGCGCUCCAAGUAAGUGGUGUACCGCAUAGUCCUCUGGCAUGGGGAGUGGGGUGCAGGAUCAACAUGCAGCACUCGCCCAUGGAGAAGUGCUGCCGCGGGCCUCCACUCAGUCAGAAGGCCUGAAGCAGACUCGCUCUGUCCUCAACUCGCUCUUCUCGGGGGCUUUAGCAGGAGCUGUGGCCAAAACAGCUGUUGCGCCGUUGGACAGGACUAAAAUCAUCUUUCAAGUGUCUUCAUCAAGAUUCUCUGCAAAAGAGGCCUACAGGUUAAUCUACCGCACAUAUCUUAAGGAUGGCUUCUUCUCACUGUGGCGCGGCAACUCUGCCACGAUGGUGCGAGUCAUCCCGUACGCCGCCAUCCAGUUCUGCGCUCACGAGGAGUACAAAAGUCUCCUGGGCGACUAUUAUGGCUUUCAGGGGAAGGUCCUCCCACCACUCCCGAGGUUACUGGCCGGAUCGAUGGCCGGCACCACCGCAGCCAUGUUGACGUAUCCUCUCGAUAUGGUGCGAGCUCGGAUGGCCGUCACACCGAAAGAAAUGUACAGCAACAUUCUGCAUGUUUUUGUACGGAUCUCCCAGGAAGAGGGCCUGAAGACCCUCUAUCGAGGUUUUACGCCCACCAUACUGGGCGUGGUCCCCUAUGCGGGCCUCAGCUUCUUUACCUACGAGACGCUGAAAAAGCUUCAUGCAGAGCGAAGCGGACGCCCGCAGCCCUACUCGUACGAGCGGCUGGCCUUCGGGGCCUGCGCCGGCCUCAUCGGCCAGUCGGCGUCUUACCCGUUGGACGUGGUGCGGCGGCGCAUGCAGACCGCCGGGGUCACCGGUCACACGUACGGCACCAUCCUGGGCACUAUGAGGGAGAUCGUCUCCGAGGAGGGAGUCAUCCGAGGGCUCUAUAAAGGCCUCAGCAUGAACUGGGUCAAAGGGCCCAUUGCGGUGGGGAUCAGUUUCACAACCUUUGACCUGACGCAGAUCCUCCUGAGGAAACUGCACGAGAUGGGCUACACGUCCCGGUAAUGGCUUGAAAACACAGAACUUUUGGAUGUGGUGAUUUCAGUGGAGCGUGAAUGAGAAAAAAGGUUUGUGCCGAUGGAGGCAAACAUACACACUCCCAGUAAGUGGUAAUGUUUCCUAACAUUUGUGCUUCCAUAAGAUGUGACAAAGCGUCUGUGCGUGCUCUCGUCAUGUGUCAAAGUGCAAAUCUGCUCCAUGGUUCAACAAAGGCUGCCAUUUAUUUACUGCCCAUUUUACGAUAUACGAGCAUACACCUAAAUUAGUUUUUCGAGAUAAUCAGCUUUUAAUUGCCACAAAACUGAAG